AUGAAGCUGUUCGUUGUGCUUGCGUUGACUGCCUACGUGCUGGGAGUGGCCUACUCCAGUCCCGUCGAUCCACGUACGAUCGAUUGGACGCUGGUGCGUACCCUCCACCAGACGGAUGCCAUCCGGGCUAAGCAAGGACUUCCGCCUCUAACGGACGACGAAGUUCGUUCGUCGCGUGUCGCCGAUGGACAGAUCGCGAGUCCUACUCAGUUCCCUUGGGCUGCCGGUGUUCUCAUCUCCGGAUCAUCGUCGCACAGUUUCUGCAGUGGAGUGUUGAUCUCUCGCCGCCAUGUUCUCACCGCGGCCGUGUGCAUUUCUGGAUCACCAACGCUUACCGUUCUCUUGGGCGCAUCCGACAUGACCCGCAUUGAGGAGUUCAUCCCGGUGUCGAACAUCCUGUCGCAUCCGAACUACAGCUCCUUCUUCAACCGGGACGACAUCGCCAUUCUGACGUUGUCGAAUGAGGCUCCCCUCCGCGAUACGAUUCGUCCGGUAGAACUCCCUCGCUUCAGCGAUGUGGGCAAUAGCUUCAACAACUGGGCUGCCACGACCGCCGGCUGGGGCAAUACGGGUCGUCGCGAGAACGAACCGAUCCCCAUCCCAAAUCUGUACUUUGCCGUCGAUUCAGUCAACUCCAACUUUGUCUGCGGAUUGUCGCACACGUUUAUCCGCGAUACCCAUAUUUGUACCUCGACCGACAACGGAGGCCCAUGCAACGGUGAUGAAGGAGGCCCAGUGACAGUCAGUGAGGGUGGCCGCACGUUCCUCGUCGGCAUUCACUCGUUCCACUUCUCCGGACUGUUCGGAUGCGAUCGUGGCCGAUCCGCUGUGCAUACCCGUAUCACCGAGUACCUGGGAUGGAUUCAACAGAACUCGGAUGCAGUCAUUCAGUAA